CACCCCUGCUGCCCUGUUCACCCAGCUCAGUGUUUUUGGGAAGCCUCACACUCACAUUCUCUGCCUUUAUCUUCACAGAAAUUCUUAUCUGUUGACUUACUUGGAGAUCCCAGAGAGAGUCGCGUGUUCUUGCCCACGGUGAUUGACGGGGUUGUGCUGCCAAAAACACCUGAGGAGCUGCAAGCUGAAAGGAAAUUCCACCCUGUUCCCUACAUGAUCGGAAUCAACAAGCAGGAGUUUGGCUGGUUGCUUCCAACGUUGUUGAGCUAUCCACUCUCCGAAGGGAAACUGGACCAGAAGACAGCCAUGUCACUCUUGUGGAGGUCCUAUUCCAGUGUUAAAAUUCCUAAGGAACUCAUUCCAGAAGCCACUGAGAAGUACUUAGGAGGAACAGAUGACCCUGUCAAAAAGAAAGACCUCUUCCUGGACUUGGUGGGGGAUGUGAUGUUUGGUGUCCCAUCUGUGAUUGUGGCCCGAAACCACAGAGAUGCUGGAGCACCCACCUACAUGUAUGAGUUUCGGUAUCGUCCAAGCUUCUCAUCAGACCUGAAACCCAAGACGGUGGUAGGAGACCAUGGGGACGAGAUCUUCUCUGUUUUUGGGGCCCCAAUUUUAAAAGAGGGCGGCUCCGAACAGGAGAUCAGACUUAGCAAGAUGGUGAUGAAAUUCUGGGCCAACUUUGCUCGCAAUGGAAACCCCAAUGGGGAAGGGCUGCCCCACUGGCCAGAGUACAACCAGAAGGAAGGGUACCUACAGAUUGGUGCCAACACCCAGGCAGCCCAGAAGCUGAAGGACAAGGAAGUGGCUUUCUGGACUAACCUCUUUGGCAAGAAGGUGGUGGAGAAGCCACCCCAGACAGAACACAUUGAGCUGUGAAUGGGAUGUCCAGCCAGCCUCAGGAGCCUGGAGGAGCCAAGAAUGGGGUCCUGCACAAGGGAUGGCAGGUUAAGAAGGCAUCUUACUGUGGCUGGAGAAUUGUCUGGUGGCGGGGGAGGUGGAGGGGGCAGAGGCCAUGAAGAAGCAAGUUUUGUAUUUGUGACCUCAGCUUUGGGAAUAAAGAAUCUUUUGGAGGC